CCGCGCUGCUGCAACAAGAGACAGGACGCGGCUUGGAUCACAAAUAGGAACAGUGCGCAUGCGCCCUUUCUGCCGUUUACUGUAUAUUCUCUGUGAAAAAAAGGAACAGGCAACAAAACCAAGCUUUUUACAGCAAACUGGCUCCAGCAAUACAAUUAACCUCUGGGGAGACAAAGCAGGGCAAAAUCAACAGGGGUUUGGGUGUGAUGAAACAAAAGAACAAAGGAUGCCUUAGAAGAAAGACACUUCCUCAUCCUGGAUUCUGCUAGAGAGCGCAUCUAUGGAUUUAUCUUCCGCCUGCUCGUCCGUCUGGAUCAUGAUACUUGACUGAGGCUUACUUCGUCGCAUCCCCUCUCUCUAUGGCGAACUAUAGCCAUGCAGGUGACCACAACAUCUUGCAGAAUCUCUCCCCUCUCACGACAUUCCUCAAACUGACCUCCCUGGGCUUCAUCAUUGGCGUCGGCGUGGUUGGUAACCUCUUGAUCUCCAUCCUGCUGGUUAAAGACAAAACCCUGCACAGAGCCCCCUACUACUUUCUCUUUGACCUGUGCGUCUCGGACAUACUGCGAUCUGCCAUCUGUUUUCCGUUCGUGUUCACCUCUGUCAAAAACGGCUCCUCGUGGACGUAUGGGACGCUCACCUGUAAAGUGAUUGCCUUCCUAGGAGUGUUGUCAUGCUUUCACACGGCGUUUAUGCUAUUUUGCAUUAGUGUCACCCGAUACCUCGCCAUAGCCCAUCACCGCUUUUACACGAAAAGAUUAACCUUCUGGACCUGCCUGGCUGUGAUCUGUAUGGUUUGGACGCUCUCGGUCGCUAUGGCUUUCCCGCCUGUACUGGAUGUGGGGACCUACUCAUUUAUCCGGGAGGAAGAUCAAUGUACCUUUCAGCACCGCUCCUUCAGGGCUAACGAUUCGCUGGGAUUUAUGCUGCUCUUGGCCCUCAUCCUACUAGCCACCCAGCUGGUCUACCUCAAGCUCAUCUUUUUUGUGCACGACCGGAGGAAGAUGAAACCCGUUCAGUUCGUGCCAGCUGUCAGCCAGAACUGGACCUUUCACGGUCCUGGGGCUAGCGGCCAGGCGGCGGCCAACUGGUUAGCUGGCUUCGGCAGAGGCCCUACACCGCCUACUCUUCUGGGAAUAAGGCAAAACACCAACACCACGGGCAGAAGAAGACUGCUCGUCCUGGAUGAGUUUAAAACUGAAAAGCGAAUAAGCAGGAUGUUCUACAUCAUGACGUUCUUCUUUUUGACCCUGUGGGGCCCCUAUCUUGUUGCCUGCUACUGGAGAGUGUUUGCUAGGGGGCCGGCAGUGCCAGGGGGUUACCUGACGGCCGCCGUCUGGAUGAGUUUUGCCCAGGCUGGUGUCAAUCCCUUUAUCUGCAUCUUUUCCAACAGGGAGCUGAGGCGCUGUUUCAGCACAACCCUCCUUUACUGCAGAAAAUCCAGGUUACCCAGAGAACCCUACUGUGUUAUAUGAGGGUUUGCUUGAUUGAUCUCUGCUUUUUAUCCUAUGUAUGACACACACACGCUCACACCUUAUCCUACCACCGCUCCCCUCCUCCCUUACUCCCCGUAGCCGGCAGAGAAAUCUGAGCUGUCAUGAAUGAUAAAAAGGAGGAUGCACACAAAGAAUUCGCAUUGGUUACAAACCGCAUCCUGGUUUAGAAGAAGUGGUGUCCGUGUUUAUGUUCUAAUAAACCACUGCUUUGGAAGCUUUGUGGGGCACUGGGAUUUAAAAUAAUUCCUUAAUAAAUGCAUUCGACUUUGGAUAUCAUGUCGCUGGAUACUUGAAAAAAAGUUUUGAAUAAGACACACGACGCGGCUUUUUUUCUCCAAGAAAUCGUUGACUAUUGUUAGUUUUUCACCUUUCAAAAGUUGCACUAAAAUUUAAGGAAGAAUCCAGACUUUUACCCGAUUAAUUUACUUGCUCGGAGAGAACAUCUUGGUUUACUCAAACAAAGCAAUGCUUUUUUUUUUCCAACAACAGGGCUUUCCUUUGCUGUAAGUAAAUCAAGGUUUUGUGUACGGUGGGGACGGAUUUCUUUGUACUGCACCAACACCAGAAUGAGCAGAUUUUAAAUUAAUUGUAAUUUUUUUUUCUUUCGGGGUGAAAUUGUGUGCUUUAAAUUCGCAAUUUUCAUAGAUCUAUCUAUUGUAGGUUACUAUUAAUAUUCCUAUUGUCUGGACGUUUUGAAAAAUUUCUUUCAGAUCUUUGUUAAAUAAUGAAGUGGGGGGUAGCAAUUUUUUUUUGGAAAGCCAGACUUUAUUUUUCUUAACUGUAAAUCCCUUUAUAUAUGCAGUCAAACACAUAAGUAAUUAUUUGUUUUGCAACCUCAAGUAUCAAAAAAUCCAGCAUAUGUCUAUUGUAAUAUAUUUACAGUUCUACAGAUGCAAGUCAAGGUGCAUUGCCUUAAUGGUUUUCCGGUGUCUGCUAUCCAGCUUUAAUCCUGAAAGAAAAGGAGAAAUGAAAUGCAGAUUUGGUUUGCAUGAUGAUUUUACAGCUUCUCCAUAUGCUCCUCCCAAUCAGAGAGGCAGUUCACAACAAACAGUGACCUAAUUUUGUAGUUUAUUGCCCAACCAAGCCCCGCCCGACUUGGCUCAAAUGAUUCUAAUAAGGAUAAUGAUGAUGGUGAUGAUGAUAAAAAGUAGUGCUGAUAAUGAUAAUACUACUAAUAAUAAUUAAUAGCAAAAAAUCUAUACAAAACACAGGGAGCUUAUGUGUGUUUAUAUAUUUUGGACAGUUGUCACAUUGAGACCAGAGCCUUAGUAUGAAAUCUUGCACAAUUUGUAAAAUAUUUAUUGUAUAACGAAAAAAGGCACACUGUCUUGUUUAUACUUUCCGCACAUUUGCUCUACUGAUUGUUUUACAUUACUUACAUUUUACCUUGUGAAAUGUUACUAUUUAUUCAGUAUAAUUUGGGUACUUUACAGGUAGAUGCAGUACGUGGUGAGUCUUUCAGUCUUUUGAAGAUUCGGAUGUGGAUUAUAUUUAAGGUUGGAUUUGCCAAAAGUUACCUGUGUAAUCUGUUGCUUCAGUUUUGAAAAUAAAAUUUUACAUUUUGCAAA